AUGCCAGCUGCCAGUGACAUUCUGUUAGAUGGUGCAAGAUCCAUGUUGGAUUUUUCAGAGCCAGUGCUAUCGAAAGUCCCCGCGACACAAGACCCAUGUCCUGUAGAGACAGACCAUCUUGACCGCAUCCAUCCUGGAAUGCGAGAAAUUGACUUACCUGAAGCUGUUCCUAAUACAAAGGAAAUGGAGACUUCCCGACUCUCCUGCGUGCCCUGUGUGACCGUGCCAACACCCGAACAAGCGAAUAAUACCCUUUGCAACCAAUCUGCGGUGGGCGAUUCCGAACAAGAAUCAGCCAAGCAGAAAUUGUCUAUCACAGGUCCCUUCUACUCUGACAGUAUGCACCCUGGCGACAGUAAAAUGGACACAGAGCCAAGUCAGACAUCUGGCCUAGGUCCACCUGGAUCGUCCCCUCCGCCGAUCGUGUACUCUACUCCAGAAUUUUCUAAUACUCGAACAAUGCCGAGCUCCGAUAGCCCGAUGCGCUAUCCGUCGAUAGCUGUGGUUAUACCGCCACCAUCAUGGGAGCAAGGAGCCAUCCGGACAAACACAAGGGCCUCUGAUCGAGACACCGGUAACUACGAAGAUGGGAACGCAAUCUUCUAUGACACACAACAACCAAGUGAGAAGCGAAAGAAACGGAGACCUUCAAUCAGGCCUCUUUCUGAUCCUCCGGACGCUUCUAUUCCCGUUUCAUGCCAUUGUUCCGGUGCUAUCCAUGCAGAGUGUUCUAGACCAGUAUUGGCACCUGCAUUAGGUGUUUUGGAAGAGUGGCCCAAAUAA